GGCGGGGCCGCUCUCUGACAGCUCCGCGGCUCCGCGGUGGGCCGGGAUAGGGAUCCGCAGCCUCUGCGCGCGGCCCCGCGGCCGGGCAUGGGCGGGGGCGCCAGGCCAACACGAUGAGCGCCCUGGGCAGCCCGGUGCGGGCCUACGACUUCUUGCUCAAGUUUCUGCUCGUGGGCGAUAGCGACGUGGGCAAGGGCGAGAUACUGGAGAGCCUGCAGGACGGCGCGGCCGAGUCCCCGUACGGCCACCCAGCAGGAAUUGACUACAAGACUACCACCAUCCUGCUCGAUGGCCGGCGGGUGAAGCUUCAGCUCUGGGACACGUCGGGGCAGGGAAGAUUCUGUACCAUAUUCCGCUCCUACUCUCGGGGUGCACAGGGUGUGAUCCUUGUCUACGACAUUGCAAACCGCUGGUCUUUCGAUGGCAUCAAUCGAUGGAUUAAGGAGAUUGAUGAGCAUGCUCCUGGGGUCCCUAAGAUCCUGGUGGGGAACCGGCUCCAUCUGGCCUUCAAGCGACAGGUGCCCACGGAGCAGGCCCAGGCCUAUGCAGAGCGCCUGGGUGUGACUUUCUUUGAGGUCAGCCCGCUCUGCAACUUCAACGUCACAGAGUCCUUCACAGAGCUGGCCAGGACUGUGCUGCUGCGGCAUGGGAUGGACCGGCUCUGGAGGCCGAGCAAAGUGCUGAGCCUGCAAGACCUGUGCUGCCGUGCGGUAAUGUCUUGCACACCUGUGCACCUGGUGGACAAGCUCCCGCUGCCGAUGGCCUUGAGAAGCCACCUCAAGUCCUUCUCCAUGGCCAGCGGCCUGAACGCCAGGAUGAUGCAUGGCCGCUCCUACUCUCUGGCCGCCAGUACCAUUCACAAGAGGAGCAGUUUCCGCAAGGCGAAGGUUGUCCGCCUACCCCAGAGCCCUCCCAAAAGCUGCACCAGAAAUGGCUGCAAAAUUUCUUAAGGAAGCCACUAAAAAGUGACACACUGGACUUUGUCCAAGAGCAACUCUGAGUAGUCAUGCCUGGAGGACGCUGAUGCAGCCUAGAUCCAGGAAGCACGUCUCGCUUUCUCCUGGUGACAGAGUUGCAUGGGGAUGUCUGUGUCACUUCCUGCAGUGAGAACGGACAAUGUGUUUUGACUGUGGAUUUUUACGUGGACGUGUAUGAAGUCUGUGUUUUAGAUGAGUGUGAAUAAGGGGAAAAUGAGUGCUCUAUGCACUCCUGAUAACAUGGAAUGUUGAAUGCUACUUAUGUCAUGAUUGCACUGCAACACUUUCUUUAAAGUAAUUGCUUUUAGGCCUGGCACAGUGGCUCAUGCCUGUAAUCCCAACCCUUGGGAGGCCAAGGCAAGUGGAUUGCUUGAGCUCACAGGUUCGAGAGCAGCCUGAGCCAGAGUGAGGCCUUGUUGCUGAAAAUAGCCAGGUGUUGUGGCAGGCGCCUGCAGUCCCAGCUAUUGGGGAGGCUGAGGUGAGAGAAUCACUUAAGCCAAAUGAGGUUGCUGUGAACUAAGACGCCAAGGCACUCUACUGAGGGUGACAAAGUGAGACUGUCUCAAAAAAACAAAAACAAAAAACCUGCCUUUAUGCAAGGGAUAAGCAUAAAUUCAAGGGGACUCAAGAAGCGAUGAUAGUGAGAUAAUUUAGAGUCAUUGAUAUUAUAAGACAGGUCUUUUUGUGAACCACCUUUUUAAUGUUAAAGCACCAAAUUGUACAAUGCUGCGACAGGCCUGCCCAGCUUCUGUAUGAAAUGGUUUGGUAAAAUAUUUGCUACAUUAUUUACUACAUAUGGGGUUUGGUAAAUGAUUUAUAUGCAUAUUUUCUGUAAAUCUACAUUUUUUUACAAGAUGUUCUACAACUUAUGAAGCUAAGAGAAGUUGAUGCCAAAGAUCUCUCUGGCUGUGUUGAUGUGGCCGACACAACUCAGCAGACCUACAAGGAAAUGGUGCAGUAAGGAAUGAAGUAAACACAUUUAUUUAAGAAAAAGUCGGGCGGUGCCUGUGGCUCAAGGAGUAGGGCGCCGGUCCCAUAUGCCGGAGGUGGCGGGUUCAAACCCAGC